AUGCGUGGGGGUGUGAAGACUAGAAGUCGUAGAAAACGAGAACCGCAACAAAACGGGCAGAAAAUGGCAGAAACGGAACAAGGUGAUGGAGCAGAAAAUGUUAGCUCGAUGCUAAGAGCUAUAAAGACGGAUCUGCAAGAGUUCCGCGUUGAAAACAAGAAUGACUUUCGGAACAUGAAAGAGGAGCUGAGAAACGACAUGAAAGCUGAGCUGGCGUUGCUGAAAGGUGAAGUUUAUCAAAGUAUAUCUGAAAAUACUGAGAAGGCUAACGCUCUCGAGAUCAAGCUAGCUGAAGCGGAGGCACGUAUCGCGGACGCGGAGAAAUUGAACGCAGCCAUGAAGGAUGCAUUGACGAAAGUGAUGAAAAACCAAAUGAUUGUGCAAAGUAAGCUGACGGACAUUGAAGGGAGGUCAAGAAGAAAUAACAUUUGGAUAUAUGGUGUCAAAGAAGGAUCAGAAAGUGAUUCGAUGCUACAGUUCAUGGACGGAUUGCUGAAGAAAACACUUUCACUGCCACAGGACAUGAAUCUGCGAAUGCAGCGAGCCCACAGAGCACUGACCCGAAAGCCAGAAGGAGAUGCGCCACCCAGGUCAAUAAUCAUAAACUUUCAGGAAUACACACUCAAAGAAGAUAUCUUGAAAAGGGCCUGGGCACAAAGAAUAAUGCAUGAUGGGCAGCGCAUAUCAUUCGACCACGAUUACGCGACAGACGUGGUGCAGAAGCGCAGAGAAUAUGGAAACAUUAAGCGGGCUUUGAAAGAGAAAAGCGUUCGUUUCCAAACGCCGCUGGAUAAAAUACGAAUACACUGGGACACGGGAGCACGUACCUACGGCAGCGCGCGGGAAGCGGCAAUCGAGAUGAGAAGAAGAGGAUACGUGGUGCCGGUACCGGAGCGUAACCCAGCGGAGCUGAGUCCUGAACUGGAGCGUUUGUCUCAAGCUACGGAGUGGCAGAGAACCGGCAUAUAA